AACUAUUUAUUACUGCUAGAGACAAGUACUUGAAGGCAGGCGAAGGAUUCGACAUUCAAUCUUUGACUAUAGUGGCUGUGAGGAGUUCGAAAAUCACUAUGCUAUUAGUGUAUGCCCUUGUUGUAGAACUAGCUGAGCAGUGGGUAUCAAGCAAAUCAUCAUCUCCGGUCUGGUAAGGGUACUGCUUCCACUGUAGGCUGGUUAAACUGAGGCAAAAUAAAGGAGAUUUAUAUUCGGAAGAAGGAUCUCAGGUUCUGACUUAUCGAUUAACCCACGUUCUAGAAGGGGGUAGCAUGCUAAAGUAGCUCAAGUUAGAACAUGUUAGGAAUUGUACCUGGCUAGUUUCUUUGUUGCCUCCCUGCGGUGUGGAGAUGAUAAGCAAGCAAGGAUCGAGUUAUUGCCACGAGCUUUACCCUUGUAAACCACACGAGCUGGCUUUAAAAUAGAGCAGUUUUCUCUCACUUUUUGUUAUUGUUCCCAAAUUCGAGCUCAUUCUUCACCCAGCUCCAUCUUGGCAGAUACCAAGCUAUAUUUCCUUGCAAAAGAUCAACAAUGAUGCGAUUUUGCAAGUCGUUUCUAGGCCUCGUGGCGUUUGCUUCAAUAGCUUCAGCACAGUCUAGCAACCAGACCACGUGGACUAACGGAAGCAUAGCAUCGACCUGUCUUUGCUUUCCUGGUGAUUCAUGCUGGCCGUCUACUGCACAGUGGAAUGCGUUGAAUACAACACUUGAGGGAAAACUCAUUGCAACUGUUCCGCUAGCCAGCCUUUGCCAUAUCGAUGGCUUCGAGACAUAUGAUGUUGAUAAGUGUAAUGCAGUCCGAAACAACUGGUGGUACCCAGUGACACAUUACACUACAUCAUCUUCUAUCAUGGCACCCUUUUAUGCAAAUCGAAGCUGCGACCCUUUUUACCCAAAAGAUUUUCCAUGUGGAUACGGCACCUAUGUUCGAUACGCCGUCAACGCAAGCUCGGCGUUCGAUUAUCAAGUGGCCCUUGAUUUCGCCAGUCGUAACAACAUCCGUUUAGUUAUUCGUAAUACUGCACAUGACUACCACGGGAAAUCAACUGGCGCUGGAGGCUUGGCAAUCUGGACUCACAACAUCAAAAGUAUUGAAAUCUCGGAUUAUAACAAUGAUUCGGUGGACUAUUGUGGAAAAGCAAUCAAGAUCGGUGCUGGUGUUCAAGCUUCUGAGCUUCUUGAAGCUGCCCAUAAAGAGGGUUAUCUGGCGGCUAUUGGUUACGCCGGAUCCAUCGGAAUCGCUGGUGGUUAUGCACAAGGAGGCGGAACCGGUCCGCUUGCCUCUGUAAUAGGCCUAGGAUCUGAUCAGGUUUUAGAAUGGGAAGUUGUCACUGCAGCGGGAAAGAUUGUUACUGCCACAGAGACGAAUGAAUACUCGGACUUGUACUGGGCUUUGUCGGGAGGUGGAGGCGGAACUUAUGGUGUUGUUCUUUCCGCGACAUACAAACUGUACGAGGACAUGGAGACAAUUGGGGGUAACCUUACCUUCUACAAUACAGGAACUUCUCAAGAUAACUUUUACGGUGUAAUCGGAACAUUUUUGGAAGCUCUUGAUGCAUAUACCACAGCCGGCGGUGGAGUUAAUUGGCUCAACACUGGCGCAUUCUUCAGCAUGGCCCCUGCGAUAGCUGCGGGAAUGAACCAAACACAGUUCGACUCAUUCUUUGCUCCAACACUCUUGAAAUUGAAGGAGAAUAAUAUGUCAUACGUAUAUGCCUCCGAGGCAUAUGACACUUUUGCGGAUGCCUAUAACGGCCAAGCCGGACCUGAAAAUAUCACCAAUUAUAACAUCGGAGGCCGGUUAGUUUCACGUGAAGUUGUCAAAAGCAACGCCACUGGGGUUCUGGAUACUAUAAAAUGGAUGAACGACCUUGGGGUGGUGGUAGCAGGUUUAGCACUUAACGUGGCGACCACAGAUGAAACGCCAAAAAACUCUGUGAAUCCUGUGUGGCGUGAUACACUUUUGUCUAUCACUACUGGACUGGCUUGGGAUGACACUGAUUGGGACGCGAACUUGGCUAGUCAAGACCUAAUCACAAACACAAUUGUCCCAAGAUUAGAAGCAUUGACCCCUGGAGGAGGAACAUAUCUCAAUGAAGGAGACCCACAUCAACCCAACUUCCAGCAAAACUUUUAUGGCCUCAGUUAUGACCGUCUGCUAUCGAUCAAAAAGAAAUACGACCCCAAUCAUAUCUUUUACGGACACACGGCCGUUGGAAGCGAGUAUUGGACAGAAGAAGCUGACGGAAGACUGUGCAAAAGCAAAUAGAGCGUGGUAGUAUGAAUUUCAUACGAAUAUUGGGCGAAGGUGGAUGAUUUGCCGUGAGUGGGAUGGGAGGAAAGGGUCAUGAUUUUUCUGACCCUUCCCCCCGCUCUUAUAUAUAAUCAAGAGGUCUCCUCGACCAUUGAACCUUAGUUUAUAGUCUUAAAUGUAAUACGACUCGACUUUAUUCAAUUGAAUUUUAUUUGAAAAGCUAGCUAUGUACGAAAUAAGCAAUCUUAUAAACAUUAUAGUAGAAUUUACCCC